UCUCAACGAUGACAUAUUCGGAGCAGGUGAGCAGAAGCGUGGCGAGACCAUAUCGUAAUCGCAGCACUGGAGUUGACAUUACAUUCGCGCACUAUCUCAGGCUACUCCAACCAGGGUAACUGUACCCGCGGAAUUAUCCGAUUCGACAUGCCGAAGGAUCGACAACACCAAUGGCAUGCAGCAACGCCAGCGACCUGCAGAUGCCACGGCCGGCCUAGGUAGCGAUAUGCAAUGCUCAACACAACGAUAAGACCGCCCUUGGCAAGAUAGCCGAUAACUACGUCCACGGCCGUUGCCAAGGGUGGGAGGCCUCUGGUACAAAUUAAGUACAGAUAUCAUACCUCCGCUGUCUGCAUCGCAUUUCGAAACAUUGCUGCCGCCUGUGAGAAGUUGUUGCCAGGGUCUUCGGUUAUCUCGUCUCUACCCCUCCUUAGUCAAUAGUUGGAUCCGGAAUUGAAGCACCAACAUCCUUUUCAAGAACAACUGCGCAGAGUCAAAAUGGGAGAGAAAGAGGAAAUCUCGCCAGCGCGAGAGGCUAGCAUCGAUGAGGGGCAACUCGCUGCUGAGAAGCAGAUGCGCGAUAUCGGUGCAGAUCUGUAUCUCGAAGUCCAGCAGUACUCAAGAGAAGAGCUGGAAGCAGAGCGCAAGGUUGUCUUAAGAAAGAUUGACUGGGUCAUCAUGCCAAUGAUCUGCAUAACAUACAUGAUCCAAUUUCUCGACAAACUCUCUCUAAACUACGCAAACGCCUACACUCUAACCCCCGACCUCGGUCUCCAAGGCGACCGCUACGGCUGGGUCGCCGCCAUCUUCAAUUUCGGCUACCUCUUCUGGGCGCUACCCGCAAAUUACCUCAUCCAGCGUCUCCCCGUGUCGAAAUACACCGGCCUAAUGAUCCUACUCUGGUCCAUCCUGCUCUGCUGCCACGUUGCCGCGAAGAACUACUCCGGCAUGCUAGCCCUCCGCUUCUUCCUCGGCAUGUUCGAAGCCAGCAUCAGCCCCGCCAUCAUGAACAUAGUCAGUAUGUUCUACCGCCGCGACGAACAACCAGUGCGCAUGUGCGUCUUCCUUGCUUUCAACGGCAUGGCGACUAUGGUUGGUGCUCUCCUGGGCUACGGCCUCGGCCACGCGCAUUCCGCCCAUAUCAAAACCUGGCAACUCAUCUUCCUCGUCAUCGGCCUGUUAAACUUCGUCUGGGCGUGGGUGUUCCUCUGGGUUAUGCCUGAUAGUCCCUCUACCGCCAAGUUCCUCACACACAAACAGCGGAUCGUGGCGAUUGAUCGUAUCGCGAGCAAUAUGAUUGGUGUCAAGACGAAGCAGUUUCAGAAACAUCAGGCGCUUGAGGCGGUUCUGGAUUUCAAGGUGCUUUGUAUUAGUCUGAUUGGGCUUUGCUGUGGUGUUAUCAACGGCGGUGUGUCGAACUUUUCGUCCAGUCUUAUCCGUGGAUUCGGGUUUAGCGGCAUUUAUGCGACGUUGCUGCAGCUUCCGACUGGUGCUAUUGAGUUUGUUGUUGUGCCGCUCUGUGGACUUGCAGCGGGCUACUUCAGGGAUACGCGUUGUCUCAUUCUUGCUGUGGUUUGUUUACCACCGCUGGCUGGGCUAUUGGGAAUCCGACUUACGCCGCUAUCAGAACGUUGGAGUCUUGUUGGGUGCACUUGGCUGCAGUACAUUAUCGGCGCUCCGGUCAUCUUGUCUUGGAAUCUGCUCACCACGAAUAUCGCGGGUCACACGAAGCGUAGUACCGCGAACGGGAUGUGGUUCGUCUUCUACGCGGCGGGCAAUAUCGCAGGAGCGAACAUCUUCUUCGCAAGGGAGGCGCCGAGGUACUUCUCAGCGUUGACGGGGCUCAUCGUUUGUUACUGCGCAAUGGUGGUGAUCGGGGGUGUGCUGGCUGUGUGGAUGGGAUGGGAGAAUAAGAGGCGGGAUAGGAAGUAUGGUCAGGGCGAAGAUGAUCAGGCCAUUCGGGACGGGUUUAGCGACUUGACGGACAAGCAAGCAAAGCAUUUUAGGUAUGCGCUGUAGAGAUAUCAAUCGUG